GUUGUCUGACAAGUUUAAUUCUUCUACAGAUUAACACUAAAGCCCCACAAUGUCCUUGAAACCACGAGUAGUUGACUUUGAUGAAACAUGGAACAAACUUCUAACGACGAUUAAAGCUGUUGUUAUGUUGGAUUAUGUUGAAAGAGCAACGUGGAAUGAUCGCUUCUCAGACAUUUAUGCUUUGUGUGUGGCCUAUCCUGAACCUCUUGGAGAGAGACUUUAUACUGAGACUAAAAUUUUUUUGGAAAAUCACGUACGCCAUUUGCACAAGAGAGUUCUGGAAGCUGAAGAACAAGUACUGGUUAUGUAUCACAGAUACUGGGAAGAGUAUAGCAAAGGGGCAGACUAUAUGGACUGUUUAUACAGGUACCUCAACACACAGUUUAUUAAGAAGAACAAAUUGACUGAAGCUGAUCUUCAGUAUGGCUAUGGAGGGGUGGAUAUGAAUGAACCUUUGAUGGAAAUUGGAGAGCUAGCUCUUGAUAUGUGGAGAAAAUUAAUGAUUGAACCACUGCAGGCCAUCCUUAUUCGGAUGCUCCUCCGAGAAAUAAAAAACCCAAGCACUCCUCCUACAAGGCAAGCUGAAUAUCAACUUAAGCAUUUUUGUUCCAACACAACAGGAAGCCGACAAGAUCUUGAAUUUGAUCGCUGUGGAGAAGACCCAAACCAGAAAGUAAUCCAUGGGGUUAUUAACUCCUUUGUUCAUGUUGAACAGUAUAAGAAAAAAUUCCCCCUAAAGUUUUAUCAGGAAAUUUUUGAGUGUCCUUUUCUGAAUGAAACAGGGGAGUAUUAUAAACAAGAAGCUUCAAAUUUAUUGCAAGAGUCAAAUUGCUCACAGUACAUGGAGAAGGUUUUAGGUAGAUUAAAAGAUGAAGAAAUGAGGUGUCGGAAAUACUUGCAUCCCAGCUCAUAUGGCAAAGUGAUUCAUGAAUGCCAACAGAGGAUGGUAGCUGAUCACUUGCAGUUUCUACAUGCAGAAUGUCACAAUAUUAUCAGACAAGAGAAAAGAAGUGACAUGGCAAAUAUGUAUACUCUGCUUCGUGCUGUGUCAAGUGGUUUACCUCAUAUGAUUCAGGAACUACAAAACCAUAUCCAUGAUGAGGGCCUUAGAGCAACCAGCAAUCUUUCUCAGGAAAAUAUGCCAACUCAGUUUGUGGAGUCAGUUUUGGAAGUACAUAGUAAAUUUGUGCAACUCAUCAACACUGUUUUGAAUGGUGAUCAACACUUUAUGAGUGCCCUUGACAAGGCUUUGACUUCGGUAGUUAACUAUAGGGAGCCCAAGUCGAUCUGCAAAGCACCUGAGUUGCUGGCCAAGUACUGUGACAACUUGUUGAAGAAAUCAGCAAAAGGAAUGACAGAGAAUGAAGUAGAAGACAAACUUACAAGUUUCAUUACUGUUUUCAAAUACAUUGAUGACAAAGAUGUAUUCCAAAAGUUCUAUGCCAGAAUGUUGGCAAAAAGAUUAAUUCAUGGUUUGUCUAUGUCUAUGGAUUCUGAAGAAGCCAUGAUAAAUAAACUAAAGCAAGCCUGUGGUUAUGAAUUUACCAGCAAGCUCCACCGAAUGUAUACAGACAUGAGUGUUAGUGCUGAUCUCAACAAUAAAUUCAACAACUUUAUCAAAAACCAGGACACGAUUAUAGAUUUGGGAAUUAGCUUUCAGAUAUAUGUUCUACAGGCUGGUGCAUGGCCUCUAACUCAGGCUCCUUCUUCUACAUUUGCAAUUCCUCAGGAACUGGAAAAAAGUGUACAGAUGUUUGAAUUAUUUUACAGUCAGCAUUUUAGUGGAAGGAAGCUUACUUGGUUACAUUAUCUUUGUACAGGUGAAGUAAAAAUGAACUAUUUGUGCAAACCUUAUGUAGCCAUGGUCACAACAUACCAAAUGGCAGUGUUGCUUGCCUUCAACAACAGUGAGACUGUCAGUUACAAGGAGCUUCAGGACAGCACACAAAUGAAUGAGAAGGAACUGACAAAAACCAUCAAAUCUUUGCUUGAUGUCAAAAUGAUAAACCAUGACUCAGACAAGGAAGACAUAGAGACAGAGUCUACGUUUUCAUUAAAUAUGAACUUCAGCAGUAAACGAACAAAAUUUAAAAUUACAACAUCAAUGCAGAAAGACACACCACAGGAGAUGGAGCAGACCAGAAGUGCUGUAGAUGAAGACAGAAAAAUGUAUCUCCAAGCUGCUAUAGUCCGUAUCAUGAAAGCACGUAAAGUGUUGCGACAUAAUGCUCUAAUUCAGGAGGUAAUCAGCCAAUCAAGAGCUAGGUUUAACCCAAGUAUCAGCAUGAUUAAGAAGUGUAUUGAAGUUCUGAUAGACAAACAGUACAUAGAGCGAAGCCAGGCCUCUGCAGACGAAUACAGUUAUGUAGCAUGAUGUUGCUAUCCUGCAGGUAUGAUUGUAAGGAGAUCAUUGCUGUCACUGUUUGGUGUGUUCCUGUGGGAAGAGGCAGGCCUGUGCCUCCAUAAUUGGUCACUUGGCAGCCCCUGUUUUUCUGCUGUUUACAACAUCACCAGUGCCAUGUCAUGAGCGUCAAUGAAAAUGCCUAUAGAUAUUUCAAGCUCAUGUCAUUAUGACAUUUCUUAAAACUUUACUAAAAGAAUGAGUGAAGUAUUGCUGAAAUGUGAUGAAUUGGUUGGGUACCAUGCUUUUUUUUUUUUCCCCCUCCCCUUUCACGUUUGCAGUUGAUGUUUUUUAAUGUAUCUUAAGACAAAGUAAAAAAAAAAAAAAAUCACACAAAAAACCUAAAUAUUGUAAUAUGACAGAUAACCUAAUAAUUGUAUCUACAUUAAAAUGUAAAAAAAAAUGACGAACAUGAUACUGCUGCUUGUCAAAUAAAAAAAUAAAGUUAUAUAAUGUGUCUUGAAUGAUUGUAGAGCUGGAUAUAGCAUUAAUGUCUGUAAAUAUUAUUCAGGCCUGAAGAGUAAAAAUAAUGUUAUGUGUUUGGGUUUUGGAUAACCUCAGAAGUAGAUCUGACGUAAGAACUAAUUUAUAUAAAACCAAAUACCAGGUAUGUCAUGUUUGAUGUGAUUAUAAAAAAAAUAUUUAUGGUUAA